UUUGAAGUUUCUUCAAUUGAAACGAAUUGAUUUUUGCUGGGAUUGAAGGUCAAUUGUAAUAUCUCCGUCCCAUCAUGGCAUGAAUUAGAGCUUUCUUUCAAAGAUAUGUUCCUCGACCAUAUUUUCGGCAACAAAUUAUCCUUUGCAUAUUGUCUAAACGCAUUUUCCGACAUUGUCUUCAGUUUUCGAUGCGUCUUCUCUUUACUGUCUUGUAUCGAUUGAAUUCGGACGUCUUGGAGUGAUAUCUGUUAGUUUUGGAUAGAGAAAUACGUUAACUGGAGGCGGUUCUUCAAGAGUUAAACAUCUAUCAAUCCGUUCAAAUGGAAAGUUACUAAGCUAGUUUCACUUAAACCUCUGUAACAUGUGAACUAACAAUCAGACUGUCGCUCACACUAAUUCUGAUUCUGUUUGUUUACGGUAGUUUACGGACCAAUCAAUCAGUAAUCACACGAUAUCUAGCAUAGUUAUCGGAAUAACCUCGUGACAUUAUCGCGAUCUAACGCGACAUUGCAUUCCUCGACGAGGAUAACACUAGUUAUCUGCACUACGACAUUCGAUAAGAACUUCCGGUGAUUAGCACUUUACAAAAUAAUCAUAUAAAAGCAACAUCUUCACACGUUCAUUGGGUUAAGCCAUAUUCGUUACAGUCGAACGAUGUUGAAGUUCUUUUUGGCUUUAGCUUUCGUACCAGCCUUGGUCCAGGCCCGUACUCCGGUUCGCCAGUGUAACAACAAGGCACCCCUUCCGGCAUUCGUGGACAUCAACGGGUGCACAUCGAUGCCAUGUCAGAUCCGAACUGGGGAAACAUUCGAGGCCGUAGCCGAGGGUAUCGUUGUUCCAGUGGCGACGACACGACUGCUUACCUACGCCAACAUACGGGUCGGUCUUGUGUAUGUGCCCGUCCCGAUACUUCCGGAACUGGAGGAUGCUUGCACGGUGGCGCUUGAACCGGGAACCUGUCCGGUUACGGCCGGACAAAGUUUGACAUUCAGAGUGAAAAUGGAAGAUUUAGAGGCGCCAGCCAUGUUGUUGCCUACGCGCGUUGAGGUGGGAGUCCGCACCGACGAUGGCAAGCAAGUGGCCUGUGCUCAACUAGAUGUGCGAAUUGUACGUUAGGUGAGGUGGGAAUUGUGGUUACAUUUGAAGGUAGUACGCUGAAUAAAUUUGUACGAUGUCUCCUGCUUCUUUGAUUCAAUUGUCGUAAUCCGUUCCGUAGAAUCAAAACAUCAAAGUUGUCCUUCAAAAAGAAGAUAAAAACAAUGUCUAUCAUAUCAGCCCUCCGCACAUCUCUUGUUGUCUUCUUGAAUGUGUAAGAAAGCCUUGAAAAAGUCGCAAUCCUGGUCCACAUAGCAAACCAAGAUGUAUAGGUGAUAAGACAGUAUUGGAGGAUUCGAAUAACUCCUCAAACGGUCAGACGAUAGAAAUCAAGAGUGUACUACGAAUACUAUCGUUGAGUCGAUUUAGCAUCAAAAUUUGGUCGACCUAUACUCGAUGGAUUACUUUCAAUCAUGAAUAAAAAAAACAA